GACACAACUUUCAAGAUGGUUGUAAAAUAAUUAAAUAGUGAAAUAAACACAAAAAAAUCAAUUCCAUAAUGAUAAUUAAAAUAUAUUUUUGUACAAAUAAUAAAAUAGAUAAAGUCGCAUAAUAGUUAAUUAAUUAAUUUAGGUGUAAUUAUUGUAAUGGAAACGAAUGACGAAGUGGCAAAAGUGAGAGAGGAAUUGAAGGUCGUACAGCCCAUGAUUGACAUUUCUGCAGAUCGUUUAAAUGGCUUAAGAACACAAUGUGCAACAAGUGUAGACUUAACACGACAAGAAAUUCGUACACUUGAGGGCAAAUUACUGAAAAUGUUUGCACGUCAAUUAGUAACAAAAUCAAAAUUACGUGGUGAUUCAUUGCUAGUAUUUCGUGAUACGCCCUCUGUACGACAAUGGCUACAAGUCGUUGGUCUACGAAAGGAAUCAAUUGAUGGAAUCUGUGAACGAAUUGAUUCCUUGGAAUCAUUACAAGAAAGAUCAGAUCAUGAUUUAAAUAAUAUAUUACGUGAUCGUAAAGCAAGUCCAGAUGAAUUACGGCGAUUACAUCGUGCAUUAUAUAAUUUAAAACGUUAUACUGAUAUUUUACAACGUGGUGAUAACAACAUUGAAGAACCAAGUGAUUUAGAAUUAUAUUGGGAUUCAUGGGAUCAACAUCAUCGACAUAAACCAAUGAGUAACUCAUCACCGCAUGUAUCACGUAAUCGAGCCAUCGUUGACCAGCAACAGAAUGCCAUGACAAUUCCCUCUGAUGAUGUUAUUUCGUCAUAUCCAUCAACAUUAUCAUAUAAUAAUUUUAAUAAUAAUCAUGAAUAUCACAGUAGUGAUGAUUCUUUUAGCUCAUUUAAUUCUUGUUUGCAUUCGCCACCUGUUACACCUCCUGUCAUUGUUAAAAAAGCAUCGACCAUAAAUGAAAAACAUAAAUUUCCUUCAACGCCACCACCACAUAAAAAACAUCAAACAAUUGGCCAAAGUGCAGCUUUACUUCCAGUUUCAUUUCCUCUAACCAAAUCAAAAUCACACGAAUCACAACUUUCAGCGAAAGCACCAGAAAAUAAAGAUGUUCCAUGUUUGGAUUUAAUUUCAACUCGAAUUUCACGAAGUGGUCGUUUACCAACAGAAUCAGGAUUAUCGUCAAAUAUUGAACUCGCUUCAAAUACUCCAUCAAAUAUCAGUUCAAUAACAACAAGUCCUGCCGGUGUUAGUCCUGUUGGUGUUCAUUCUAGUCCUGCACGGUCUCCAAUAUCACAAAUGACCAGUCCUGAUAUAGCAAGUCCAUCCCCAUCCCCUGCACAUUUAAGUACCGCUAGUUCUUCAAUCCCACCAAAUAGUCCUUUAUCAAUAAUCAGUCCUUGUUCACCAAAUGCAUUAACACCCACACAUAAUAAAACUCCAAGUCCCAGCACACCUGGACCAACAAUUGUUCCAUCAUUUGUUACAUAUGUCCCGAAUUCUACAACAAAUUCUAAUAUAACCCAAGAUUCAAGUCCUGUGAUUGUUAGUCCUGUUAAUUUAAGUCCAAUACCGGGAAGUCCUUUAAGUCCAAUUACAAGAAGAAGUAUGACUGCUAAAAAUCAUUUAAUGGGCAGUCCACAUACACCACGAUCAAAAUGUCCCGAUUCUAGUCCCUUAGCAUUACAUAAUGUUCAUCAUACAAAUAUUAGUCCUGUUAGUAUUAGUCCUAUUAAAUCGCCUGCAUUAUCAAAUUUAGAAUGUGAAGAAUUCAAUACUCUACACGAACAUUUUCGACUUAUAGGUAAUAUAAGUUCACAAAAAUCACCACAUAAGAGUGGCGGAGGUGGUGGGAUAUGUAAUAUAAGUAGUGGUACAGCAUUACAGAAUGCGGGUGGUGAUAAUACUGGUGCUUCGAAAUCAAUGAGACAUACAAUUGCACAUCGUUUCACAAAAAUGUACAAAAUGAUGGCAACAUGUGACUACUGUGAUCGACAAAUGUUAUUUGUUACGGGCUUAAAAUGUCGUGAAUGUAAAUUUAAGUGUCAUCGUGAAUGUGCGCAUAAAGUACCUGCAUCAUGUGGUCUACCCUCUGAAUUAGUUAAUGAAUUUAAAAGACAUAUUAGUCCAGCAGCUCCACAAAAUCACUCGCCAAAUCCAGGUCCAACACCUAUGUCAUCACCGAAUCAUUAUCAUAAUAAUAUAUUAUCAUCGGUACGAGAUCGAAAAAAAUCUCAUCCUCAGCCAUCGAUGAAUCCACCCCCAUUUAUUGGACAAGAUUCCAGUUCAAAUACAUCAAGUUGUAAUAGUUCUACUCCUUCAAGUCCUGCGUUAUUAUCAGUACACACUCCUGUAAAUAAAAUGCAUUUCCAUUUUCCAGAUGUAGAUCGAGAAAUAGUUUUAGUGACACACCCUUUAGAAGAAUUAGCUGAAACACAAACUUCAAAUGAUAGUGAUAAAACAGUGUCUGCUUGUGGUUCUGGUGGUUCUGGAAGUACUGAUUCUGAACAAACUCCUGUACGUGUUGAUUCACAAGAGAGUCAAGUUUCAGAUAAUGAAUUAGUUUCAGAAAAUGCACGGAAUUUACAACGGUGGCCGCGACAAAAUAGUCAAUUAUCGAUGAGAGAAUGGGAUAUUCCAUUUGAUGAAUUAAAAAUGGGUGAACGUAUUGGUGUUGGUCGUUUUGGUACGGUAUUCCGUGGUAAUUGGCAUGGUGAUGUAGCUAUAAAAAUAUUAAAUAUGGAUUAUCUCGAUGAUGAUAAAGCAUUAGAAGCAUUUAAAAGUGAAGUGGGUACAUUUCGUAAGACACGUCAUGAGAAUUUAGUAUUAUUUAUGGGUGCUUGUAUGAAACCACCAAGACUUGCCAUUGUAACCAGUUUGAGUAAAGGGAUGACCUUGUACACACAUAUACAUUUACGUAAAGAUAAAUUUAAUAUGAACAAGACAACAAUCGUUGCACAACAGAUAACGCAAGGUAUGGGAUAUUUACAUGCGAGAGGGAUUGUUCAUAAGGAUUUAAAAAGUAAAAAUAUUUUUUUGGAGAAUGGUAAAGUUGUUAUUACUGAUUUUGGAUUGUUUAGUGUUACCAAAUUGUGUCAUGGAAAUGGCAAAGCAAAUAGUUUAAAUAUCCCACCAGGAUGGCUGUGUUAUUUAGCACCAGAAAUAGUACGAAGUUUGCGAGUGAAUCAAGUACAUCAUGAAUUACCUUUUACAAAAGCAUCUGAUAUUUACGCUUUUGGGACUGUAUGGUAUGAAUUAUUAUGUGGAGAUUGGCCUUUUAAAGGACAACCACCUGAGUCAGUUAUUUGGCAAGUUGGUAAAGGAAUGAAGCAACCAUUAGCUAAUUUACAAGCGUCACGAGAUGUUAAAGAUAUUUUAAUGGUAUGCUGGGAGUUUCGACCAGAUGAGAGGCCUGAUUUUGGUCAUCUUUUCAAUUUACUUGAAAAGUUACCAAAGAAACGUCUUGCCAGAAGUCCAUCACAUCCUGUACAUUUAUCAAGAUCGGCUGAAUCUGUAUUUUAAAGGAACUAAAAAGUAUAAAAUAAAACAGAAACUUAUUAGAAGUUUCCAUUUAACUAAAGGAAUUGAGCUCCUCUUAAGCAAUUUUAAAUGUAUGAAUUACAAAAAAAACAAAAACAAACAAAAAAAAUGCACAUAAUUUCUUUCGUGAUCUCAUUGUUCCCUUAAAUAAGAUUAGCUACUUAUUACGAGCAUACAGGGUGUAUCAUAAAUCACGAAGAAUAUCUGGUGAACAAAUUCAUUAAGUUAAAACAAGUGAAAACAAACAAUUGAUUGAAUUCGUAGCAUCAAUAUUUUUAAGCGUUACAAACUUGGGACUAAACUUAGUAUACCUUGGUAUAUUUCAUAUACACAUGGGAUAAAAAGUCGAAAAAUCCUUAUAAAUGUAUCGAUCCCUUAACUGUAACUUUCAACUUAUUUUGACUUGAUACAUUCAUUGACUAGAGACUCAUCGUGAUUUAUGAUACACCCAGUAACAAAAAUAUAUUGUUUCUAUAUUCAAUUUAAA